AUGAAGCAGAGUGUGUUUGUCCUCCUGCUGAUCCCAGGACUCUGCACACUCUGUUCCUGCCUCUCUCGUCAGUAUCACUUUGUGAACGUAACGAUGACCUGGGUUGAAGCACAGAGUUACUGCAGACAGAACUACACUGACCUGCCCACCAUAGAAAGCACAGAGGAAGUGAAGGCUUUGAUGGAAGCUUUAGGCUGUGGAUAUGAUGGAAGGGCCUGGAUUGGCCUGCAGAGGGCAGAGUCAGACAGCUGGCGGUGGUCUCUGGCAGACAGAGGUUUCUACAGUGAGGGGGAGGCUGAGUUUAGGAACUGGGAGAAUGGGCAGCCAGAUGAUUAUAAAGGCGUAGAGGACUGUGUAGAAGUCAGAACGGAUGGGGAAUGGAAUGACUCUCCUUGUAACUCGACAGGUUCCUUCAUCUGCUAUGACGAUGAACUGAUCCUGGUGCCUGAGAAUAAGAGCUGGAAUGAAGCCCUGAGCUACUGCAGACAGCACUAUGUAGACCUGGUCUCCGUGUCCACAGAGCAGCUCCAGCACUGGGUGGAGAGGAGGGCUCAGGCGGCCUCCACACCCUACGUGUGGCUGGGCCUGCGCUACACCUGCGUCCUGCACUUCUGGUUCUGGGUCAGCGGGGAGGGCGUCUGCUACCAGAACUGGGCUCCGGGGAACGGUACCGGGGAGUGUAGGCACACGGGGGCAGUAGAAUCAGGAGGGGGGCAUCAGUGGGUCAGCCUGCCCGAAACUGAGGAGCUCAACUUCAUCUGCAGCAAAAAGCACUGGGGACUCUGCACACUCUGUUCCUGCCUCUCUCGUCAGUAUCACUUUGUGAACGUAAUGAUGACCUGGGCUGAAGCACAGAGUUACUGCAGACAGAGCUACACUGACCUGGCCACCAUAGACAGCACAGAGGAAGUGAAGGCUCUGAUGGAAGCUGUAGGCUGUGGAUAUGAUGGAAGGGCCUGGAUUGGCCUGCAGAGGGCAGAGUCAGGCAGCUGGCGGUGGUCUCUGGCAGACAGAGGUUUCUACAGUGAGGGGGAGGCUGAGUUUAGGAACUGGGAGAAUGGGCAGCCAGAUGAUUAUAAAGGCAUAGAGGACUGUGUAGAAGUCAGAACGGAUGGGAAAUGGAAUGACUCUCCUUGUAACUCGACAGGCUCCUUCAUCUGCUAUGACGGUGAGAACUGUGGCCUACACUUUGUGAUCGCAAAGGUGACUUGGAGAGAAGCUCAGAGUUACUGCAGAGAGAAUCACACAGACCUGGUCAGUGUGAGGAACCAGGCUGAAAAUGACGAGAUAAAGAAGAUGAUAAACGAUCGGAUCGGUGAGCUGAAACAGCAGGACAAUAGCAGGGUGUGGAUCGGCCUGUUCAGAUACCCCUGGAAGUGGUCAGAUCAGAGCAACUCCUCAUUCCGCUACUGGAACACAGGACAAUCCAACAAUAAAGGAGGGAAUCAGAGCUGUGCUGUAAUGUGGAAAAAACAUGCAGGAAGAUGGGGUGAUGUGAAGUGCGAUAAAAGAUUCCCUUUCUUCUGCUAUGAUGAUGAACUGAUCCUGGUGCCUGAGAAUAAGAGCUGGAAUGAAGCCCAGAGCUACUGCAGACAGCACUAUGUAGACCUGGUCUCCGUGUCCACAGUGCAGCUCCAGCACUGGGUGGAGAGGAGGGCUCAGGCGGCCUCCACACCCUACGUGUGGCUGGGCCUGCGCUACACCUGCGUCCUGCACUUCUGGUUCUGGGUCAGCGGGGAGGGCGUCUGCUACCAGAACUGGGCCCCGGGGAACAGUACCGGGGAGUGUAGGCACACGGGGGCAAUAGAAUCAGGAGGGGGGCAUCAGUGGGUCAGCCUGCCCGAAACUGAGGAGCUCAACUUCAUCUGCAGCAAAUGUAGAGGGUGA